AUUAACUUUUGAUAACUAGAUAGUACAAGAUGUCUGCUGGAGCAGGUCGAAGGAGACACUCCAUGGAGGCCUCCGCCUUCUCCCGACCAGCUUUGUUCCGUCCCCACUUCUCUUCGACCAGUAACCUCAAUGCUAGUGUUGCUAGCUCUCGGGGCAUGCAGCCGCUAAAGGAACAAGACGAGGUCCUGGCGUCGCCUGCGGAAUUCAUUAAUGCCAUGAAGACCUCUAAAGCUGAAGAAAUGCUCGUUUAUGCUUGUGGGAAGCUAGCACAGGCUCUGGACGAUGAUAAUCCAGAAUUAGCUGAUGUUAAAGAAGAAGAGGUAAUCCGUGUCACUUACCAAAUGAUGAUCAACCACCCGUUGAAUUCAAACUUACUACAAUUAGCCUGUGAAGUAUUUCUCCGUUGCAACAGUAAGGCAGCUUACAGAGGCAUUGUGGAGGAGUAUGCAGUAUUCAGACCCGUACUCUCGGCAAUUAAGAAUCACAAGAAUGAGACGCAAUCUGAUUGGUCAAUUGCAACUCUCUAUUGUAAAGAGUUAAGUCAGUCUCAGGCUUAUUUAGACAUAGCAGGUGUCCUUAGGAACAAUCUCUCUGACGUUUAUAUUGUGACUGGCAGCACAGCUGCUCUCUCUUAUGUUCUCAGGGAUCAUAUGUUCGCUCAUAUAAAUCUCCUUCAGUUAAAUUUCCACUCCAUCUUGUUUGAUGUAUUGAAACUUCACUCCAGCAAUCCUGAGAUUGUUUGUAAUGUUUUUCUUGUCUUUAGACUAAUAUCAACAGAAGACCGCUGCAAACAGGUUCUUCUUGAGUCCAGUCUAUUUCAGUUGUCACUGGAGUACCUUCAGUCCUACCAAGAGGACGUUCCUGUUGUUACCAGCCUCUGUAGCGUCAUUGAGUCACUGGCCUCUACUGAAUCGACAGAUUUUAUGGAGCUAGCAGCAUCAGUUCCUCUUAGUUCUUUGGUCUAUUCCUCACUCCAGCUCCAUUAUAAAGAGUCAGUCCAGCUCUGUGCUUAUGGGUUCUCGCUCUUUAGCUACCUCUCCUCUCGUCUGCCCCUUAUUACCAACCACCUCAGACUAGAGGACCUCCUUCGGUUUAUGUCGAGUGUCUUUGAGGUUCAUGGGUCCGAUACAGAGUUCCAAGAGGCUUUCUGUAGGUGUCUCGGGGGCCUCUUUGAAGCCAGUCCACAGCUGCACAUGUUUGUAGGAGAAGGAGGAGGAGGAGGAGGAGAGGGAGGAGGAGGAGGAGGAGGAGGGAAUGAAGAAUCAUCUCUAAGUACUGCUGGUGAAAUACGUGUUCCUAUUAUCAAUUGGAUCUGGGUUGUGUUGCUCUCCAAUCUCAGUGAUACUCAGCAAUAUAAAGUUUUUGAGUCAGUUUGUUUAGCUGUUUAUUACCUUGGAGUGGAUAGUGAUCGUUUGAGGAAGCUUCUCUUAGAUAAAGGAGGUGCUUCUGCCAUUUUUGAAGGUUUAAGGAGAUUCAAAGGUAUACAGGAACCUAGAUUUGAAAGGUGUUUGCAGUAUGGCUGUAGGGCACUGCUGGCUUUAAUAAUGUCCCCAGGUUCUUCUGGUAUGAAGGACUUCCUUGUUCAAGUUGAAGCCAUAUAUGACCUCAUCGACAUACUCGAUAACCACACAGCUGCUCCUGAUAUUGCUGCUGAGGCCCUUGGAGUGAUGGCUUGUCUCUCGGAUAAUGGUAGAUUCAGAGCAGCUGCUAUUCAACAGAAUGUACACGCUCGUGUGUUGAACCUCAUACAGUACAAACCCACCCACUCUGUGCUGGUUGAAAGUGCCAUUGAACUCCUCAUCAUAUUCGCUCAGUUAGAUGAGAAGGUCCACACUGUUUUUAAUGAGUCUGGCAUCUUUAGAGAGCUAAUCGCCAUAUUGGACAGGAACAUGGGAGAAUCCAUUACCUACAAGUGUCUGAUGUUGAUACACAUACUAGCGGAUGAGGAUCAUCUCAGCACCUACCCUAGGGACUGUAGGAAGAUAGCUUGGUCACUGUGCAGCCUCCUGGCUCCUACACAGCAAUCACCAACACUCACCAUUGAGGCUUUGGUCUGUGCCUGCAGUUUAUGUAAGUCCUGUCCUAACCUAAUGCCCCAGAUAUUAGUUGAAUUUGCUGUUGAUACUAACAUAUUUCGACUCCUCUACAGCAAACCAUUGGAAGACCUUCAGUUUGACAAUACUGACACUGACAACCCUGAACAAUUGAUAUAUGAAUUGGCUAUUGAUGUUGUUCAUAGUCUAAGCUUGAAGGAGGACUGUCGACAGAAGAUGUUAAUCUCAGCAGUGAAGCAUUCUAUGAUUGAGGCUAUUAAACUACUUGUUAGAAUCGGAGCUGACGUCAAUAGCAGUAAUGAUCCUCAUGGAGCAGACUCUGCUAUCUAUCAAGCAGUUUCGAUCAGUUCCACUGACGUAGUGAAGGUUGUCCUUGAAUCAAGACUGACCAACAGGACGCUGUUGAAAGAUGCUUUCGUUCUAGCAAAGAGAAAGAACUUGGACCCAAUCAUUGGACUACUGCUAAAGGCCCUCGGACUAGAUAAGGACAAAAGUAUUCUAAAUAUCGGAGGAAUGGAUCUUCAAGUGAUAAAACCAUCUUGGAUCUACCCGUCUCUUGGUAUAAGGGCCACCGGCCGAUCAAGAGGUCACAGACGAGAGAACAGUUUGGAUUAUGUUCUCUCUGGACUGAUGAGGAGGAGCUCAACAGGUACCUCACCCGAUAAGGACUCCUUAGACAAAAGAGACGCUGUUGAUGGAGGGGGUGUGGCUAAUAAAGAAGGCGUGGCCCCAGCAGCAGGGUACGGGUCUACUCCAGAGAGACCUUCUGAAGCUGAAGAUGCUUAUAAACUAGCCAAGUCUUGGGACGCUAAUAAAUUUGAAGUUUAUUAUACUUCUUCAUCACCACCUUCCUCAACUCCUUCUCGCUACGUUAAGGAGAGACAGCGAAGACUAAUGGCGUCAAGACCUCCCUCUCUGCCAACCGUGGUGUGUUCCCCUGUCCCCGUGGUGAAAGAACCUCCUCUCAGUCCCAAACAAGCUGAUGCACUGGUGUCUUCAGAUUACGAACAAUUUCAAGGUAGUUUUCCUGGAGAAGGCGUGGCUAAAGAGGGUGGGACUGGAGAAGAUGAGGUUGAUGGUGGGGGUGGCAGUGGGCUGGACAGUAGACGGGGCAGUGGGCUGGACAGUAGGCGGGGCAGUGGACAGGACAGUAGGCGGGGCAGUGUUGCUAGCAGAGAUGAUGAGUCUUGUAGGCGUGUCCCUCAGCGGAGACACACCUUCAUCUCAAAGACUACAACAGGUGCUAGUUACCUCCCCUUUAACACGCUAGACCUCCUCCAGCAACAGGGACCUGCCAAUCUACCUCAUUCCAGUGGAGCCUGUAACAAAAUGGCUGCCGAAGGAGACACUUUUAGUCCCGUCUACGUUAGGAAGACAGUUUUUAAAAACCAGCUGAGUAAGAGACAGUCAACUCCGCCCACUCUACUAAUAAACUCAUCUCAGUCAAGAUCAUCGUCGCCUUUUCAGUCCAGUGAUGAAGUAGGUGUGGUCGCAUUGGGUGGAACUUCAAAGACUCAGUACAAUACAUUACUGGACUCCAUUACUGCAAUGCCUAAGGACAAGAGGUCAGAGCUAUUAUCAUCUUUAAUUAGUUCAACUGAUGAAGGGGCAGACCAACCUGAUGGGGCAGCUGCCCUCAGUCCCCCCGGGGGACCUUCUGGUUCAUUUUAUAUUAAAAGUAUUGAUGCAUCAGCCAAUCAACUGGAGUCACUGGAUACUCUAGUUAUUGAUCCAAUACCGGCCAAACUGAAGCAGUUGCUCUACGUGGAUAUGAAACAGAAUAAGCUUACUGGACUACCUGAGGCUCUGUUUGAGGAAUUAUCUCAAGUCAAGAAUUUGCAGCUGGGUCAGAAUUGUUUCAUUUCGUUGCCCCUAGAGAUUGGACUCUGUUCCAAUCUUGUUGAGUUGGAUCUAGCCGGGAAUAGCAUAGCGGAGUUCCCUCAAGAAAAAAUUGUUCUAUCACAUUUGAUUAAAUUUAAUUUGAGCAAUAAUAGUUUAACUGUUUUCCCAAUUGGUUUAAAUGGAGACCAGUUCCCAGCAUUGAGAAUACUAAUGUUAAACAGUAAUUCUAUAUCACUGAUUGAGGAUAAAGACCUUAAAUUGAAGAGUCUCCAGGAGCUGCACAUUAGCAGAAACUCAAUCGUAGAACUUCCUUUUGCUUUCUUGGCUGGUUUGAACUCACUCAAAGUCCUUGACGCAUCAAGAAACUGCAUCGAGUUUAUAUCUGGUGAGGCUGCAGAAUACACUUGUUCAUUGCAGGAUUUGAAGAUUGGUCACAAUAAACUGGUAGAGAAAGAACACGAGUUUCAGACCUUCAUCAAAACAGCUCUAGUUAUUCAAUCAGUUGAUGCGACUAGCAAUGGGCUCCUCUCCAUCCCUCCUCCCUACAUGUGGAGAUCAAGAGGUUUGAAACAUUUGAUACUAGGAAGCAACAAGAUAUCAUCACUUGAUUUGAGUGACUGCAAUAAAUUCUGGCCUCAUCUUGAGCGCCUGGUUCUAUCAGAAAACAAACUAAAGGAACUACCAGUUGAUAUUGGAAAGUUAAAAACACUCACUUCUCUUGACAUCAGUCACAAUAAAGACAUCAGGCAUCUUCCCAACGAAAUGGGAAAACUUGAUUUCCUAUUUUACUUAAACUUGCAGGGUCUGAAGAAUUUAGAUAUUGACCAGACCCAGAAUGCUAGAGCCAUCAUACGCUACCUUAAAGCUAAGCUAACUCAGAGUAAACCGUGUCACGUUAUGAAAUUGACAGUCGUUGGAUCAGCUGCUAAAGGAAAGACUACCUUGCUUCACAACAUAAUUAAUGACAAGUCAACAAAAAUUGAAAACACUGCAACACUUGGAGUCCAAAUAAGGAAAUGGACCUACCAGCAGCGUCCUGGUGUUCAGUACUCUAUCAACUGUUGGGAUUUUGCUGGUCAGGAGGAGUUCUACAGUACCCACCAGUGCUUCCUGACGCCAAGAACCAUCUACAUUUUAGCGUACAACAUCAGUAAGGCGGAGUCAGAACUGGAUGGACUGGUCCCUUGGUUAAUGAAUAUUGAGGCCAGAGCUCCUGGUUCACCCGUCAUUGUAGUAGGGACCCACAGGGACAUGAUUGCUGAUGAUCACUUCAAUAGUGUUAGGAAGAACAUGAGACAGAAUAUUAAUGAGAUCAUCACCAAACCAGGAUUCCCGCAUGAUGUCACAUUUGCUGAAGUGAGUUGUGUUGGACAGAAAGCUGGUCUUGAUCAUCUGAGAAAUAAAAUCAAAGAAAAGAUAGACAGUGCAAAGCUAAGAGGACAGAAGAUAAUGGGGGAACUAGUACCAGCUAGCUAUCUGGAACUAUCUAAUAUCCUAGAGGAGGAGUCUCGCCGGCUCAAUAAAGUGAAAAGUAAUUUCCGUGUUAUUCGUCGGAGUCAAUUAGAUGAAUUGAUGAGACGUUCCUCUCUGACCCAAGGCAUGGACAGUAUUGAGUUGGAACAAGCAGUGAAGUUCCUCCACGAGUGUGGGACUCUACUCCAUUACGACGACAUCCAGUCUAAUUUGUCUGACCUCUACUUUCUUGAUCCGCAGUGGCUCUGUUCUGUUAUGGCUAAGAUCAUUACAAUGAAACAUCUGACCAUCAUAUCAAAAGGAAUGCUACGUAAAAAGGAUCUUCCACUGAUACUGAGAGGAUCCCAGUUCCCUCCUGACUUCAGUUCUGAAUACAUUCGUCUCAUGGAAUGGUUUGACGUGGCCUUGCAGUAUUCUAAUGAACUCAUUCUCAUUCCUUCCUACCUACCAAAAGAGAAACCAGAUUCAAUCACUCUACAUCCAUCAGACAAUAAGAUCAUAAGACGAUAUAAAAUGAUAUUCAUUCCCCCUGGGUUCUGGCCACGCCUUAUCAUCCGACUGUUAUCAUUUCCUAAAAAAGCAAUCAAGUUACCCGAGGCAGUCACAAUCUCCCACUGGUAUAGUGGACUCUAUUGCUUCUGGUCUCUCCAUGCGUACUUCAUGAUUGAGCAGCUGGAAUCAAGUAAAAAUGAAUUUGAUAUAACAGUACCUAAUACUACCCUGGGGAUAAGGUUGCUGUGUUCUGUCGUUGAUAACGUUGAGACUCUCAUUGACGAAUGGUUUCCUGGUCUACGGAGCAUUAGCAUCACCUCAGGGGAUGCACUGGUCAGCCCGUCUGCCCUCUGUCCCUUGUGUCCAGCAUUUUCUAUACAUGCUUUCCCAAUGAGAGAACUGCAGUUGAUCUCACUGAAGCAAGACGAGAUUAUGUGUCCAAUACAUAAAGACACUGUGCCACUGGAAUUACUGUCCCCGGACAUAUUGAUAUCAGAUCUUGAUCCUCAGUAUCAUGUAUCAAGAGACAGUAUUGUAAUGGAUGAGGGAAAUCCAGCCACAGUGCUAGGGAAGGGUGGGUUUGGAGAAGUGUUUAAAGCUCUUUAUAAUGAGAAGUCCGUAGCCAUUAAAGUCUUCUCACCACGUGUUGCUGAGCUCCACAGUACUACACCAAACCAACUCAUCAGACAAGAAGUAUCCAUAUUGAGUCAAAUGGAUCAUCCUAAUAUUAUUGGUCUUGUUGGAGUCUGUUUGAGACCAAAGCCGAUGCUCCUGAUAGAAUAUGCCGAGUUAGGAUCACUCUCUUCAUUUAGUCCAUACAGUACUGUUAGUCCUAGCCUCAAACACAGGAUUGCUAUGCAGGUAGCUAGUGCUUUAGCUUUUCUUCACAAAAACAACAUCAUUUAUCGUGACUUAAAACCCAGUAACAUUCUCAUAUUUUCUCUUAGUCUAAAUUCUCCAGUUAAUGCUAAGCUCUCUGAUUAUGGCAUAUCAACAUUUGCCACAACAACUGGUUUAAAUCAAGAUAUUGGAACAGCAGGAUACAAGGCACCAGAAAUACUCAAAGCAAAAACAUCAAAAAUGCCAUACAACACAAUGGUGGAUAUUUAUUCAUUUGGUAUCGUCUUGUUUCAACUUGUCACUGAUGGUCAUACACCAUUUGAGGAGCUAAUGCCCCACGAGAAGGACAAGGCAGUAGAAGAGGGUCGGCUGAUCAAGGAUCCCAGUUAUUAUGGGGGUGCCCCCUGGCCUGACAUGCAUGAUAUCAUCAGACACUGUCUCCAGUACGUACCUAAUAACAGACCCAGGGCUCAAGAUAUAUUUGAUCGGAUGUGUAUGCCAGACUUCAUGGCGCUGAGACACGUAGUCCCAAUACAUGAAGACUGGGAAGUUCUUGCCUUCACUGUUAGGAACUAUCACCCAAAAGGGAACAAGAAGCAUGGAGUGCGCACUGAGGUCUGGUUGACCAGCUGUGAUGCCGGCCAGCAGUCGAUGUUAUCAGUGAUUAAUCUUACUGAUAAAGCAGCUCAACCUCAGGGCCGUAUGCUUCCCCAGAAUACCCUGGUUUAUUGUAUGCUAAUAGUGGAUCAAGACUGGAUACUAAUGGGGACUAAUACCGGCCAUGUUAUUGUGUCUGAGGGAAAUGGGUCAACUGAAGGAGGAGGAACUGAGAGGAACAGGAAAGAACACAAACUAGCAAAACUGGAGGACUCCGUCCUUUGCUUUUGUUAUGUAAAGAGACGUUAUGAAGGAAAGUCCUAUGUCUUUAUGGGAUUGGCUAAUGGUCACUUGGUUGCCUUUGAUUCACAAUCUAUAAAGACUCCUAACGCUAGUCCUGAGGUUGAUAUUCUUCUCAAUAGAGGCCCCAUCAAAGGAAUGAAGAGACUCCAUGAUCGUUUAUACGUAAUCAGUGAACUGCAAGUGUUUGUCAUCAGCUUAAAAGAAUUAAAGGUCUUGUUUAAAUGGGUCGCUUGUGAAGAUUCUUCUAGAAAGUUCUUAACCUGCAUUGAAGCUAAUGAUAGUUUUGUAUGGACCUCAUAUCACAAUGGACCAUUCAUACAAGCCUGGGAUAUUGAAGAUGGUAGCCACAGUAUGAAUAUUAAUGUGUUCACAUCUCUAGCCAAACAAAAUCCCCAGGGAUCUCUCGCAAUUGAAGGUGGGGUCUAUAAUUCACGAGUGACGGCAAUGUAUCUUUAUAAUUCCGGGAACAAGUCCUUCCUGUGGGUGGGGACAGCCUCUGGUCACAUGAUAGUGUUUGAUACGACUACAGGGAGUCCUCUGGUCAUCACCAAGAGACACAUCAAUCCAAUCCGCAGUAUACAGUCAAUUAAAACUACAACUAAUGAAAGAGCUGUAAACGUGAUAUUAACGUGUGGAAUGGGAUUUCAUGUUAGACCAAUUGUCAAUGGAACAACAGAAACCUCUUCAGACUCUUCUAUAACCAAUAAACUGUUUCGCUGUGGUAUCCUUUUGCUGUGGGAUUGUUCAAUGCCUCAAACUAUUGACAUUAUCAACGGAAUCAGGAGAGACCAGGAGCAAUACAAAUGACAUCACUUAAAAGUGAAUAUUUCUAUAUCUUGGUGUUUUAUUAUGUUUUUUAAUAAUAUUUUAUAAUUAUUUUUAAUAAGA